AUGGAAAAAGAAACAAAUUUAAAAAAUAUAGUUGAAAAUGUGUUAAGAAAUCUAACAGAAAUUGUGUCAUAAUUCUGUUCAAUUGUGAAAUAUUUUAAAUCAGAGGAAAAGGCCAAAAGCUUUUCAACAAUUCUCUAAAUCUUUCACAUUUUUGAUAUUUUAGUGUUACAAUUCAAUUUUCAGAUCAUCGGAUAUGAGUUGUUUGCAGUUUAUCACAAUGAUCAAUUGCAUAAUCCACUUUUGAUUAUCGCUCUAACUCGACGCAGGAAUAUUCCGUUUGACAUCCUGGAACAAUCAAGAAUUAAUUAUUAUUUGAAAAAUCCAGUAAAAGUUUGUGUUAUUUGGAAUACCAUGAGUCGCGAUAUUCCCACUUUCACAGAUCAAGACGACGAUGAUUAUAGCGACUUUCAAACAUAUCGUGAUGUAAGUGUAAACAAAAUCAAACACAACAGCAACUGUAUUUUUUCAGCAAUUGAAUACAAUGGAAAUCAGUCCAAUAUUCAAAGCGCUUAUAGAUGGGAAAGUUGUGAGAAAAGAAUGUUAUGAGUUCAUAUUUUCAUCCGGUAUUGAAAGUUAUCGAUAUCGGGAAAAAUUCAUGAAAUCGAUUGAAAAAACAAUACAAUCGAAAACCACAGCUAAACAGCUCAAAUCGCUGUUUAGCGACUUCAAGAAGUCACAAAAAUGA